CGAAGCCUUUCUAGGGCACUGGGGAGACACAGGGUAUUAAGACACCAGACUAUAAGUCCCCCUGGCCUGUGCGCCCGGGGAGGGCAGGUCUGGGCUGUCUGGGUCCCCGCUAGGCCCCCAGCACGGCGCGGGGCACACAGUAGGCGCUCACCCAGCGUUCCCUGAAUGAAAGCGUGAAUCUAAGCGUCCCCCCCGCCAGGCGUUCACGGCCUGGUGGGGCGGAAACGGACCCAACACCACCGAGACGUCCCGGGGCUUCUGGGAAUCUCUUGGGCGCGGUCCGAGAGGCCUCGAGGAGCCUCAGAGGCAGGAGGGACCUGCGUCCCCGGCGCCCUCCCCGGGGCCGGGGCAGCUCGGCCACGAUCGAGGCGGCUGGCUCCCGAGAGGACGCUCCCCACGUCCCCGGCUGGGGGACCCGCAUAGACCUGGAGUGGACGCCCCCUCCUUCCCUUCAUGCUUCGUCGGUAGCGCAGUGGCGAUGGAUGAUGAGGAUGGGAGAUGCUUACUGGACGUGAUUUGUGACCCUCAGGCCCUCAACGACUUCCUACAUGGAUCCGAGAAGCUCGACAGUGAUGACCUCCUGGAUAACCCUGGGGAGGCCCAAAGUGCCUUCUAUGAAGGUCCUGGGCUCCAUGUGCAAGAAGCCUCUGGCAACCACUUGAACCCUGAGCCCAGCCAGCCGGCCCCCAGCGUGGACCUAGACUUCCUGGAAGAUGACAUUCUGGGCUCGCCGGCAGCGGGGGGCGGUGGUGGGGCCGGCGGGGGCGCCGACCAGCCCUGCGACAUCCUCCAGCAGAGCCUCCAGGAAGCCAACAUCACCGAGCAGACGCUCGAGGCUGAGGCCGAGCUGGACCUGGGCCCCUUUCAGCUGCCCACCCUGCAGCCCGCGGAUGGCGGAGCGGGCCCGGCAGGGGCCGGGGGGGCUGCCACCGUGGCCGCGGGGCCCCAGGCCCUCUUCCCGGGUGGCCCUGACCUGCUGGGGCUGCAGGCCCCACCCACCGUGCUCACCCACCAGGCCCUGGUGCCGCCCCCCGACGUGGUCAACAAAGCCCUGAGCGUUCAGCCUUUCCUGCAGCCGGUGGGCUUGGGCAACGUGACCCUGCAGCCCAUCCCCGGCCUCCAGGGAUUGCCCAACGGCAGCCCCGGGGGCGCCACGGCCGCCACCCUGGGCCUGGCCCCCAUCCAGGUGGUGGGCCAGCCAGUCAUGGCGCUCAACCCGCCCACCUCCCAGCUCCUGGCCAAGCAGGUACCAGUCAGUGGCUAUCUGGCUUCCGCGGCCGGCCCCUCGGAGCCAGUGACCCUGGCAUCGGCUGGUGUCCCACCCCAGGGGGCCGGCCUGGUCAUCCAGAAGAACCUGCCGGCCGCUGUGGCCACCACGCUCAAUGGGAACUCGGUGUUCGGAGGCGCGGGAGCGGCCACUGCAGCGGCCAGCGGGGCGCCCUCAGGACAGCCGCUGGCGGUGGCCCCCGGCCUUGGCGCGUCACCAUUGGUCCCUGCGCCCAACGUGAUCCUGCAUCGCACGCCCACGCCCAUCCAGCCCAAGCCGGCGGGCGUGCUGCCCCCAAAGCUCUACCAGCUGACCCCCAAGCCGUUCGCCCCCGCGGGCGCCACGCUCACCAUCCAGGGCGAGGCGGGGGGCCUCCCGCAGCAGCCCAAGCCCCCCCAGAACCUGACUUUCAUGACAGCGGGCAAGGCUGGCCAGAACGUGGUGCUGUCGGGCUUCCCUGCGCCCGCCCUGCCGGCCAACGUCUUCAAGCAGCCUCCGGCCACCACCACCGGGGCGGCCCCACCCCAGCCGCCCGGGACCCUCAGCAAGCCCAUGAGCGUCCACCUCCUGAACCAGGGCAGCAGCAUCGUCAUCCCCGCGCAGCACAUGCUCCCGGGCCAGAACCAGUUCCUGCUGCCCGGCGCAUCCGCGGUCCAGCUCCCUCAGCCGCUCUCCGCCCUGCCGGCCAACGUCGGGGGGCAGAUCCUGGCGGCUGCGGCCCCCCAUGCGGGCGGACAACUCAUCGCCAACCCCAUCCUCACCAACCAGAACCUGGCGGGCCCGCUGAGUCUGGGCCCCGUGCUGGCGCCGCACUCGGGGGCGCACAGCGCGGCGCACAUCCUCUCGGCCGCCCCCAUCCAGGUGGGCCAGCCCGCGCUCUUCCAGAUGCCCGUGUCGCUGGCCGCAGGCAGCCUGCCCACGCAGAGCCAGCCUGCGCCCGCCGGCCCCGCGGCCACCACCGUCCUCCAGGGGGUCACGCUGCCCCCCAACGCCGUGACCAUGCUCAAUGCCCCCGACGGUCUGGUGCAGGCGGCCACCCCUGCCGCCGCCGCCGGGGAGGCCACGCCGGUGCUCGCGGUGCAGACGGCCCCCCAGGGGCCCCCGGCCGUCAGCACGCCACUGUCUCUGGGCCUCCAGCAGCCGCAGGCGCAGCAGCCGCCCGCGCAGGCCCCCACCCCUCAGGCUGCCGCCCCGCCUCAGGCCACCACCCCCCAGCCCAGCCCGGGCCUGGCGUCCAGCCCAGAGAAGAUCGUCCUGGGGCAGCCUCCCUCCGCCGCCACCACGGCCAUCCUCACUCAGGACUCCCUGCAGAUGUUCCUGCCCCAGGAGAGGAGCCAGCAGCCCCUCUCCACAGAGGGCCCCCACCUCUCCGUGCCCGCCUCGGUCAUAGUCAGCGCCCCGCCUCCCGCCCAAGACCCAGCCCUGACGGCCCCUGUCGCCAAAGGAGCUGGCCUCGGCCCUCAGGCCCCCGACAGCCAGGCUUCCCCGGCGCCGGCCCCCCAGGUAGACGACCCCAGCAGCUGCUGCUGUCCUGGCGCAGCCCGGCCUCGCCCCCUCUCCCCGCUCCUCCUCCGCUCGCUGGCUGCCCUGCCUGCUCUCUGUCUCACCAGCUUGGGAAACGGUGCUCUCCUUCCCUCCCCAGAUAUUUCCUGAGGGUCCCCUGACAGU